GGUCCGAGCUGAGAGAGGAGGCAGAGCGGAGGGAGGACUCGGACAGGCUGCUCGUCUCCUCCUCAGCGGCGGUGAAGCAGGUCUCUGAUUCCUCCUCUUCGGUGUUUGUCUCCCUGUCAACGCGGAGCUGAAACUCUGGCGCCAUGGAGGAGGUUCUCCCCUACAGCCGCAGCCCUGCCUGGGAGGAACUGGAGCCGGAGAAGGGGGCCGCCGCGGGGGUCCAUGCCCAUGUGGAGGCCGCCGCGGCCGGACCCGGACCUGGACCCGGACCCGGGGCGGUGGACGAGUCCUCCGACAGCGACGCGGAGCAGGAGGGACCCCAGAAACUGAUCCGGAAGGUGUCCACCUCCGGUCAGAUCAGGAGCAAGACGAGCAUAAAGGAAGGAUUGUUACUCAAACAGACAAGCUCCUUCCAGAGGUGGAAGAAGCGCUACUUCAAGCUGAGAGGCCGAACUCUUUACUACGCCAAAGAUGCCAAGUCUGGCAGCGCUUUGGCACGCUGGCAGGAACGGGCGCUGCGCCGGGUGUCCAGGAGCCGCGUGUGCUGGAGACUUCUGUCCGUGUGCUGGACGGGCGCACGGCGCUCCCCCCCACCUCUGGGUGCCAGUGGAUCUGAGGAGGGCCUAGUGAGAAUCCGGUCCCUGAUCUUUGAUGAGGUGGACCUAUCAGACGCCAGCGUCGCAGAGUCCAGCACAAAGAAUGUCAACAACAGCUUCACAGUGAUCACCCCGUUCCGUAGGCUCAUCCUCUGCGCCGAGAACAGGAAAGAAAUGGAGGACUGGAUCAGUUCGCUCAAGUCCGUCCAGUCCAGAGAGCAUUACGAGACGGCACAGUUUAAUGUGGAACAUUUCUCAGGGAUGCACAACUGGUACGCCUGCUCCCACGCACGGCCCACCUUUUGCAACGUCUGUAAAGAUAGCUUGUCUGGGGUCACAUCCCAUGGCCUCUCCUGUGAAGUGUGUAAAUUCAAAGCUCACAAACGCUGCGCUGUCAGAGCCACUAACAACUGUAAAUGGACGACCUUAGCCUCGAUUGGGAAGGACAUCAUUGAGGAUGAGGAUGGGAUCGCCAUGCCUCAUCAGUGGCUGGAGGGCAACCUGCCCGUCAGUGCCAAAUGUGCCGUGUGCGAUAAGACCUGUGGCAGUGUCCUGAGGCUGCAGGACUGGCGCUGCCUCUGGUGCAAGGCGAUGGUGCAUACAGCCUGUAUGGACCUGUAUCCUCGCAAAUGUCCUCUGGGUCAAUGCAAAGUCUCCAUCAUCCCCCCCACAGCGCUCAACAGCAUCGAUUCCGACGGCUUCUGGAAGGCCACCUGCCCCCCAUCAUGCGCCAGCCCCCUGCUGGUUUUUGUCAACUCUAAAAGCGGCGACAACCAGGGGGUUAAAUUUCUCCGGCGCUUCAAGCAGCUCCUCAACCCGGCCCAAGUCUUCGACCUGGUCAACGGCGGUCCCCACCUGGGUUUGCGGCUGUUUCAGAAGUUCGACAACUUCCGGAUCCUGGUGUGCGGAGGGGACGGCAGCGUGGGAUGGGUUCUGUCCGAGAUCGACAAGCUCAAUCUGCACAAACAGUGCCAGCUGGGGGUGCUGCCCCUCGGCACCGGCAACGACCUGGCCCGGGUGCUGGGCUGGGGCCCGUCCUGCGACGACGACACCCAGCUGCCCCAGAUCCUGGAGAAACUGGAGCGGGCCAGCACUAAGAUGCUGGACCGCUGGAGCAUCAUGACCUAUGAGAUCAAGAUCCCACCGAAGCACAGCUGCCCCGCCACGCCAGAGGGAGCCCACGACUGCCAGUUUCACAUCUUAGCCUACGAAGACUCUGUGGUCAGCCACCUGACCAAGAUCCUCAACUCAGAGCAGCACUCUGCCGUCAUCUCCUCUGCCAAGAUCCUGUGUGAAACCAUAAAGGAUUUUAUUGCCAAAGUGGGGAAAGCGUACGAGAAAAGCACUGAGAACGUGGAGGAGUGCGACUCCAUGUCCCUCAAAUGCUCCCUCCUGAACGAGAAGCUGGACUCCCUCCUCCAGACUCUUAACGCAGAGUGCCAGUCUCUGCUCCCGCUCCCCCACUGCACCCCCCCCAUUGUAGAAGAGGAGCAAGAGGAGGAUGAAGACGAGGAUGAGGAGGAGGCCAGCGAGGAGAGCCUGACGGAGCCUAAGCGGAAGCUGGAGGAGGAGGAGACGGAGAAAGGAGCAGGAGGAGGCUCCUCGCAGCAGCUGUUCAGGAGCAGGGAGCAGCUGAUGCUCCGAGCCGACAGCCUGAAGAAGGCGGUGCGGCAGAUCAUAGAGCAGGCUGUGAGAGUGGUAGAUGACCAGAACGCCCACGCGGAUGACACGGAGCUCCCAUCGCCCCUAGAGUUCAGGAAGGACAGCGAGGACGAGAACAGGGACAGCGAGAAGGACGAAGACACCAAGGAGCUGGAAGCCAUGUCCUGUGCAAAGAGUCCCUGUUCUCCGACGGAGAGGAGGGUGAGCCGCAGCACCCAGUCUUAUGGCCCCUUCACCAUCACCCCCUUCACCACCAGCAAGGAGAACCUCCCUGUGCUCAACACCCGCAUCAUCUGCCCUGGCCUGCGAGCGGGGCUGGCCGCCUCUAUCGCCGGCAGCUCCAUCAUUAGCAAGAUGCUGCUGGCUAACAUCGACCCGUUUGGUGCGACUCCCUUCAUCGACCCGGACCUGGACUCUCUAGAGGGCUACAUGGAGAAGUGCGUCAUGAACAACUACUUUGGCAUCGGCCUGGACGCCAAGAUCUCGCUGGAGUUCAACAACAAGAGGGAGGAGCAUCCAGAGAAAUGCAGAAGUCGUACAAAGAACAUGAUGUGGUACGGUGUUUUGGGCACUAAAGAGCUGCUGCAGAGAACUUACAAGAACCUGGAGCAAAAGGUCCAGCUGGAGUGUGACGGCCAGUACAUCCCUCUGCCCAGCCUUCAGGGCAUCGCUGUGUUGAACAUUCCCAGCUACGCAGGUGGAACCAAUUUCUGGGGCGGCACCAAAGAGGACGAUAUCUUCUGUGCUCCAUCGUUUGAUGAUAAGAUCCUGGAGGUGGUGGCUGUGUUCGGGAGCAUGCAGAUGGCCGUAUCCAGAGUCAUCAAGCUGCAGCAUCACCGCAUAGCCCAGUGUCGGACGGUGAAGAUCACCAUCCUAGGAGAUGAAGGUGUCCCCAUCCAGGUGGACGGGGAGGCCUGGAUCCAGCCGCCUGGCGUUAUCAAGAUCCAGCACAAGAACAGAGCGCAGAUGCUGACGAGAGACCGGGCGUUUGAGAACACAUUAAAGUCAUGGGAGGACAAGCUGAAGUACGACAAGCCCCCCCUACGGCCACACCUCUACCCACAGCAGUCUGUGGAUCUGGCCACGGAGGAGGAGAACGCCAUCAUGCAAAUGUGCGCCCGUGCUGCGGAAGAACUCAUCACGAGGAUAUGCGAAGCCGCAAAAACCAACGGGCUUUUAGAGCAGGAGCUGGCUCACGCUGUCAACGCUGCUUCUCACGCCAUCAACAAAAUGCACCCGAAAUUCCCCGAGAGCCUGACCAGGAACACAGCCAUUGAGGUGGCGAGCACCGUCAAGGCGCUUUACAACGAGACCGAGUCUCUCCUGCUGGGACGCGUCUCUCUGCAACUGGACCCACCAGAGGAGGAGCAGCUGUCCAGCGCUCUGCAGAGCCUGGAUGUUGAACUGGGCAAACUGGGAGAAAUCCCCUGGCUGUACCACAUCCUGCAGCCCAACGACGAGGAGGUAAGAAGGCUCAGCUGAUCAGCGACCAGACCU